ACGAAAAGCUUGCGCUCCUUCGAACGUACAUCCAUACGUAAUGUUUCGCACGAGUGCCUUAUCUUUAUUAUUUGACAUUAAUUGUGUGUUUUUAUUGAUUUUGUUAUAUUAGUUUUACUGAUAGUGGACUGACAGUAGUGAUAUUGAAUAGUGAUUACAGUGAAGAUGUUUUUAAGAUUCGAGCCAACGAAGUCAACGAAAGGCGCCAGCAAGAUGCGGCGCGACCUGAUCAACGCGGAGAUCUCCAACCUGCGCGACCUGCUGCCGCUGCCGCCGUCCACGCGACAACGACUGUCGCAGCUGCAGCUCAUGGCCCUAGUCUGCGUGUAUGUAAGGAAGAUGAACUAUUUUCAGCAGGUGUUCAAAAGUCACGACUUGAGCUAUCAGUACCCAGAACAGUCGCCUACGCCUAAUAUUGGAUUUUCAAAGGCACUCUCUGGGUUCAUGAUGAUGAUGACACAGAACGGCAAGUUACUGUACAUUUCCGAAAACGCCGCGGAGUAUUUGGGGCACUCUAUGGAGGACCUACUAAUACACGGGGAUAGUGUAUACGAUAUCAUAGAUAGACAGGACCAUCAGAUGGUCCAACUAGAACUAAAUAGAGGUAGUAACGAAGAGACUGAUAAUGUACCAAAGACUAGACAUUUCUUCUGUAGAAUGAACGUCUCAAGAAAUGCAAGGAGGCAGAUGAGAUUUGGUGACCAAAAAGUAGUUCUAGUUCGAGGGCACUAUGUGUCGUACCUGCCGCUGUGUAGCCGCAAUGAACCGGUGUUCAUAGCUACCUGCACCCCCCUAGCCAUGCCGGAGACCAGAGAGUGCGUUGUCAAUGGCGCUACCAACGUCUUCACCACAAUACAUGCAAUGGAUAUGAAGAUAAUGCAUAUUGAUGACAAUGGUGAGUGGUACCUAGGCUGGAAGAAGUCGGAGCUGGUCGACGUGUCGUGGUACCAGAUCAUGCACGUAGACAGUCUUAGAGAAGCGCAAGCCAAACAUAGAUUAAUAACGCAACUGGACCAGGACAAAUGCUGCAUACUGCUGGUAAAGCUGCAGCAACGGUCUGGCCAGUUCCUCUGGGUCCACCUGGUGCUGCAGGUCAAGGAUGCUACCGACACCCCGAGGCAGUUCAUCGUGGGGACCAACCAGGUCUUGAGCGAAGAAGAAGCGGCAAUAAUGCUAGCCAACUCCUGGAUAUACCAAUACUAUGGGUACCAGAACCAACCGUGCGGCAUGCUAGAUCCCCGCUGCCAGAAAUUCUUCAGACGGGAGACGUGUUACCAGGAUUAUCAGGAGUAUCCAUAUGUUGAGGAGGUGGACUAUACGGGGUACCAGGUAUACCAGAAACCUGAGGAGUACUGCGAGAGGGUUUUCACUGAUAGAGGACCUGUGGACUAUUCGACCCAUUCGCCGCAGUCUACGAUAAGCGAAGAGAGGUCUCCCCACUACGACACUCCAGAAGUGGUAGUAAACAGCAGCCUGCUCAUGUACCCAGCACACACUAAAUACUAUGAGCAGUACCCGAGGGGGUAUACACAGGAGCCUUGCAGCAGCACCAGUUUGGAUGGGCUUGACUAUCCGGCAGCAAAACGCAUGCGGGUAAUCGAAGGCACCGACGGCAUGGACCGGUGGAACCCGAGCCCGCCCUGGUCAGACACCAAGAUGUCUGACUACGCGCAGAGAUUCAGCUACAACAUGCAUGCCCAGGAGUCAGCUAUGGUCACAUAGGAAUUAGCAUAGUACGUAGGUUUAAAGGUAGCAGCAUUUUCAGAUUGACCUAGGUCAGUGUUUUUCUUAUUCG